AUGACGCUGCUGCUGCUCAGCCUCUGGCUGGGCCUGGCCUGGGCCCAGCAGGACCAAAGCCUGGUGCCUGUGCAACCCGGCUUCCACCCUGAACAGGUGGAGGGGCCCUGGCACACCAUCAAGCUCGGCGCCACCGACCCGUCUGUUAUUGAGGAAGGAGGCUCCUACCUGUGUUCCAUGUCUGGCAUCAAACUCCUGGAGGACGGAGACCUGAACAUCACCUACUUCCACAGGAAAGAUGGAAAGUGCGUGCAGGAAUUCUACAUUGGGAAGAAGACCAACACGCCCGGCCGCUACACUUUUGAGUACGAAGGUAAAAACUUCCUCACCUUCGUGGCUGUGGGCGAUGGCUUCCUCAUCAUGGACCUGGAGAACCGCCGUGAAGCGGGUGCUCUGAUCGUGGUGGAGCUCCACGGCAGGACCUUCCUGGUGAACGAGGUGGGGCAGGAGGCGUACAGGAAGCACACGCUCAGGAGAGGUAUCCAGCCAGACAACAUUGUGGAACUGUCUGCUCACGCAAGAUGCACCUCCCUGGGGUCCUAG